UUCAUUUUUUAGCCCUAGCAAUUUUCAUUAGUCGGGUUUCGAUUUUUGCCUCCUUUCCCCGUCUUCUCAAAACCCUAAACAUCUCACUGUCUCUAAACCCCGCCACUCUCGCACGCCACUCACGCAUCCUUCUGCGCAAUGGAGUUCUGGGGUGUUGAGGUCAAAAGUGGAGAGCCUCUUAAGGUUGUACCUGGCGAGAAUAUGGUUUUGCAUCUGUCUCAGGCUUGUCUCGGUGAGUCGAAAAAGGAGAAAGCAAAUGAUUCUGUCUGCUUAUUUGUGAAUGUUGAUGGGAAGAAACUUGUUCUUGGAACGCUAAUCACUGAGAAGCUGCCCCAGCAACAGUUUGACUUGGUGUUCGACAGAGAUUUUGAGCUAUCACAUAACUGGAAAAGUGGAAGUAUCUACUUCUACGGAUACAAGGCCAAUAACCCUUUUGAUGAUAUGCAGUCGGAAGAAUCUGAUGAAUCUGAUUCUGAAGAGGAUAUUCCUCUCGUGACUGUCAAUAAUGCUAGACCUGAGCCAAAGGUUAAGCAAGAGAAACCUGCAGAAGCUGUUAAAGCCAAGGGUAAAGAGUCUGAUGCUGGUAAGCAGAAGGUGAAGAUUGUUGAGCCUAUCAAAGAUGCCAAUCCAGAAGAUGAUGAUGAUACCAGUGAUGAUAUGAUGUCUGAAGAUGAUGAUGAAGAUGACUCUGAGGAUGGGGAUGAUUCUGAUUCUGAUGAAUCUGGUGAGAGUGAUGAAGAUACACCAAAGAAGGCCGAGUCAAGCAAGAAAAGAGCUGCAGAAUCUGCUACUAAAACUCCUGUGCAAGACAAGAAGGCCAAAGUGACCCCCCAGAAAACUGAUGGAAAGAAGGUUAGUGGUCACGUAGCCACACCUUACCCGGCAAAGCAGGCUGGGAAGACUCCUGCUAACAAGCCAAAUCAGCAGACACCACAAUCUGGAGGAUCGGUCUCGUGCAAGAGCUGCACCAAAUCAUUUGGUUCAGAGAAAGCUUUGGAAUCCCACACAAAAGCCAAGCAUGCUAGCAAGUAAUUUGGGAAUCAGAUGUGAUUCGAUUUUUUGCAGACUUGGCCUUCAAUUAUCAUGAGGGUAUUUCAACGUGUAAAGGCUGGGGUAGGUUGAGAAGUCUUCUACAUGAUGGUUUUGGUUUAUCGGAAACAAUGUAGCUAAAUGAUAUUUCUUAUGUUUUCUUUCAUGAAUUUUGAAUUGAUGCAUGAAUUUUGCCGUGUCUCUAAUUCCAAUUAUUUGUUAUGGGUA